CUAUUUUAUCGAACUAAACUUCGAUUUGCUUCUGCGGCAUUUUCAGUGUUUACAGUUUUAGAGGGAAAAGGAACAACUAAUAUAUUUUGUCCGUUUUCGAAUAUUUCCUUUAAAAAAUGAAGGACUCUGAAAUUUUAGAAGCGAUGGAAUCUAAAAACGCCAUAAAAUUUAAAGAACAACUUUAUCGACUCAUUAUCAGCCAAUUAUUCUAUGAUGGCUUUCAAUCCAUGGCUGUGAGCUUGUCGUCAGCUGUUCAGGCACAUCCGGCAUGUCCCCCAUCAGAUCGCCUAAACCAUAUUGUCUCACUUGGUCUUCAGCACGAACACAGUAAAAUGAAACUUGUUUCAGUUUUACGCACAUUGCAAUACAAUUUUGUAAACUUUUUAGCCUUGAAGAAACCAUUAAACAAAGUGGAGAUGCUGUUGGGCCCAGGGCUUGAUUUGGAAUACGAAACAGAUGUUCAAACCUCUGCCCCAGAACCUGCUCUAUAUGAAACUGCAUAUGUAACAUCCCACAAAGCCCAGUGCAGAUCUGGUGCUUUCAGUCCUGAUGGUCAGUUGGUUGCCACAGGUAGUGUCGAUGCAUCCAUCAAGAUCUUAGAUGUGGAUCGUAUGCUGGCCAAAUCUUCCCCUGAUGGAGAAAUGGCCACUGAUCAGCAAGGCCAUCCAGUUAUCAGAACUUUGUAUGACCAUGUGGAGGAAGUUACCUGCCUAGAAUUUCAUCCUCGCGAUGCUAUUCUUGCAUCGGGGUCACGUGAUUGCACUGUCAAACUUUUUGAUUUUAGCAAAGCAGCGGCCAAAAAAGCUUUCAAAACGCUCUCGGAUUCAGAUCAAAUUCGCUGCAUGGCAUUCCAUCCAACCGGGGAUUAUUUAGUAGUCGGUACCAAUCAGCCUGUGGUACGUCUUUAUGACACGAAUACUGCCCAAUGCUACGUGUGUUCAUUCCCGUCUCAAUAUCACACCAACGCGAUAACUUCUCUCAAGUAUUCUUUUGAUGGAAAGCUCUACGUAUCCGGAUCUCGAGACGGCUCCAUAAAACUUUGGGACGGCAUUUCUAGCAAGUGCGUUGGCACCAUCAGUCAGGCUCACGAAGGUGCUGAAGUAGGAUCCGUCACCUUCUCUCGCAGUGGAAAAUAUGUGCUAUCAUCCGGAACAGAUUCAUCCGUUAAACUUUGGGAACUGUCCUCAUUGCGCUGCAUUAUAGCCUACACCGGGGCAGGCACUAUGGGCAAACAAGAACACCGUGCUCAGGCGCUAUUUAAUCAUUCAGAAGACUUUGUUAUGUUUCCAGAUGAGGCAACGACCUCCUUGUGUUGUUGGGAUGCCCGCACUGCCCAGCGCAAACAGUUGUUGUCGCUUGGUCACAACGGCGCAGUCCGUUACAUCGUCCAUGCCCCCAGCACAGCGGCUUUUCUCACCUGUUCAGACGAUUAUCGCGCCAGGUUUUGGUAUCGUCGUAACCCACACUAAAAGUCUCAGACUGUACAUCAUUAAAGGAGAAAUAAAAAUGUCCGUUAUGUUUCAUAAA